AUGGAUGAUGAAGAGGAGUUAGCCAACUUCGUGGCAUUACCUUCAUUCGUGGAGCACAAAGAAGGAAGCGAAAAAUCUGAUUCUAUAUCAACUGCUGAAACAAGUAGUGAAUACUCCAACACAAGCAACGAUUCAGAAAGAGAUCGAGAGGUGGAUCUUCAAGCUGAAUUCAAAAGUCUUUAUGAGAGUUGGGUUAAGAAAAGUAAAGACUACAUAGUACUAAUCGAUGAGAAGAUGUUGAUGGAAAGUAAGAUAAAGAAUAUCGAGAAAGAGCUAACUCUUGAGAAAGAAGAAUCAGAGAAAUUGAAAAUCAAGCUUGCUGAAAAUCAAAAGUGUUCUUGUGCUUUGAAGAAUGAAGAUCAUGAAGUUGUUCAUAUGCUAAACGUGAAGGAGGAACUUGCAGCAGAAAAAGAAAAAUCCAAACGGUUGGAGGAUGAACUCAUGCAGAAUGAAAAAUAUUGCUGGAACAAGGAACGGUCUGUUGGAACAAGUUGGGGUUUGCUCGGAAGGAAGAGACAUAACACUCCAAACAUCGCUCAGAGAGCCACCGGAAGUCCUGGUGGACGACCUAAUACUCUAUCGGCGCAAUACAACUUCACGCCGGCGGUCCAACAUCCUCCUCAGCUGCAGACGCCUGAAGUACAACCUCCUGUUUUGCCAGUGCAGUCGAGGACAGCCCAUCUCCGGAACUAUCCACCGCCACAACAACUUUUCCAGCACUCUUUCACUCCACAACGUGAACCUCAAGUAGGAAGGACGCCUUCAGAAGAAGUACUCCAGAACAAUCAACAGCCUCCAGCCACUUCUCAGCAAGCUGCUCCGAUUCUUGAGCAGGAGGCUCCGCCUUCUCCGCCCCAUAACUCUCAGACUCACAGUCAGCCAUCGUCUCAAGGCAACAACUUCGUGGAGUUUCCUCCGGUGUUGCCGGAACUCCAGGAAGACUCACUACAGGCUCUCAACGACCUACUUGCGGUGCCUGGCAGGGAAAAUUACAUUACCGUCCUCAAUCCCGAGCCCAUAGACAAAACUUCAUGGUUUACCCGAGACACGGGAUCGAGACUUGUUCGGAAGAUAACCAAGGUUUUUACAAACAAAUUUGAUGGUCCAUUCUACAGCUGGACAUGUGUGCCUCGUGAUAAACAAGAGAGAUACUUCCUCGAGUUUGCGAAAACCCACACCUGGGAUCCUUUGAUAACAGGGACUGUCCAAUAUUUUUUUGAGCUCAUCUGUUUAAAGCGGAUGAAAGACAUGGUUAGUGGUGUAAGGACUAGUCGUGAGAAACCUUCUUGGAUAGGAACGACCCUCUGGAAAACAAUGACUGAUUUCUGGGACACUGAGGAAGCACAGGCAAAGAGUCUCACCUACUCAAAGGUCCGUAAUUCUGACCGUAACGGUCUCGGUCCCCACAAACACUUCUCAGGGCCUAAGUCAUUUCAGCAAGUUGAAGCUGAACUGGUGAGUCUACUUUCUGUCUUUGCCACUUUUUAUUCUGACCUAUCACUUCUUAUUAACCCUUGUUUACUUGGUUAUAUUGCAGGAAGAGGAAUUGGGAAGACUAGUCUUAGUGAAGUUUUCAUCAAGACACAUACGAGGCCUGAUGGUACCUUUGUUGAUCUGAAGGCGGAGAAGAUUGCAAGGACAUACGAGAAGAAUGUGCAAGAGAGGUUGUCUGAGCUCGAGGCAGAUACUUCUGCUGUUUCAGAUGGCGCUUCACGGCCACGGGAGCUCACAGCUGAAGAACGCACACUAAUAUUUCUGCAGUCCACUGACAGGGAUUCAAGAGGUAAUCCUUAUGGAGUAGGAAGCCUCAAGGAUUCUACUGUCAAUGGCAAGCGGAAGCAUCCAGGUGACUCCUCUUCCUUUCGGAGCCUGCAAGAACAAUUGAAGGAAGCACAACAAAAGAUAGAAGAGCAGGCUGCGCGUGAAGCUCAGCAGAAGGACAAGCUCGACAACUUCUCCAUGGUGGAGAAGUAUUUGCGCCAAACUGAUCCUCAGUUCCUGAAUUGGAUCGCAAAUCAUUCAGCUCAAGAGACUGCCACAGCCCCUCUCUCAACCUCUCAAUCUCAAAAUAAUCAAGCUACAUCUCCAUCACCAUCUGGUGAAUAGGUUUCUGUUUCUUCCCCCAAGAACUUGGUUUAACUUUUCAGAUUCUGUAGACUUGAACAUGUGUUUUGUUUGGUUUUAAGUUUGGUAUGAACUUGUUGAAGUCAGACUUGUUGUAUAAGUACUGUUCUUUUGGUAUUUGGUAUUAUAUUAUAUAUGUAUUGUUCUUUUGGUA